CAUUUCACUUGUGCCUUUUGUGCCAGACAUUUUUUAUGGUUCAAUCUGCUCUAUUCACAAUGCAGUGCCCUUGCUUGUGAUCAGCAUGCAUCUUGUAGCUUUAUCUCACCUUCCUUCCCCCAAUUGUUAUGGUUCUAUUAAAUUUGGGUGGAGGUAACAAGUUAGCUUCAGUUGCAUGUUGACAUCCCCCAGUGACAAGGAAGCACUUCAAUGUUAUUCAUCACAAACACCAUUAAGUAUCCUUCUGUGGUUUCAAAACUUGGGCGAGAUGAUGACACUGGGAAGAAAUGAUGCUGCAAUUUCACCAAGUUUCAUUGAUGGAUUAACUCUGGAAGGUCCAGUUGGACAUGCAGCGAGAAAAUUUGCAUAUCUGAUAAGAUUGCCCACGGAUGAGCAUCGAAUUAAAGUGGGAAUGAGUUGGCUUGCUAAAUCUGCCAUAGAUUCAGUCGCAUCACUUCAGAGCACCCUUACGAGAGUUCUUUCGGGCUAACAAAUCAUUUUUUCAUCCAAGCUCUACUUUUUCUUUUUUUCUUUUUUUUUUUAAUUAAAUCAUUGGCAGUUUUUACCUUGCUUUGUGGCCAUUUUGGAGGAAAAGGAAUUUGACAAUGGUAACUCACCAGUUGUGCAGGUCUACAGCCUGAUUGUCCACUUCUAGAUAACAUGUAAUUAGAAGUUCCUAUGGAAGAUGAAUUAUCACUGUUAUAGUUUUCAAGACCUCAUAAUCAUAUGAAACAUCAUGUUAUAUAUUCACGACACUCUAUGCGUGUA